AACGUAAACACGUUAGUGCGGAAAAACACUUUAGCACUACAGCCGGUUAUUGUUGUUGACGUUAAGAUAAUUAACUAACAACAACAGCAGCAGCAAAAUAAACAAUAAUAUCCACACAGUUGGUUGCAAGUAGCAAGUGUUUUCAAUAUUUAUUUUAACGAACAACGAGAGCAAAAAUUUGUUUGAAACGAACAAUUGAAUAAACAGAAAACGUGCUGCAGCGGCUGCUAAAACUUCCACUACGUCUGGUCUGUCAGAGUAUCAUCGUACUAUGUUCGAUAAACUGAGGGUAGGUCGGUUUUAGGAAAGAAAGAAAGAAUUUUUGUUUGAUGAGUUUUUGCAUAAACAAAAACUCGGACUGAUUACUUGUGUGCGUAUGUGUUUUGGAGUGUUUAGAAUAAGUUGAACAAAAAUUCCAAUGGGCGCAUUUAGUCGCGUUGCAAACGUUGACACAACCGGUCGUGUUAAACGGAUGUUUUUGAAAUAAACUAUUUAAGUGAAACAUUUUCAACUUUGAGCAAAAAAAUAAAAAUCUUAUAAGAAUUUUUAAAAUAAAUUGAAAAGAAGUGUUUUAAAAUAAAAAAAUAUUAACUGAAUAAAUUUUAAAUAAAAGAGAUUUUUUAAAGAAAAUUUAAUUAAAAUUUCAACAUCCUUUUACUUUGCUGUUUAAUAACUUCCAAGAGAAAAUAAAACAACUUGAUUUAUCAACACUGAUUCAAGGUUGUAUUUGAUAACAGCACGUGCUGCUUGCUAACGGUAUUUUCUUGUUUAUUUGUUUGUCGUGUUUUUUCUAUAUUAAUUCCAUUCGCUUUGUGUUUGUAGUAAGUGUGUGCAAAUUAGAUUCGCGUGAGCAAAUUAUACCGUUGUAUAAGUGUUUUGUUUACAUUUUGUUGUUAUUCUUACUUUAAUCAUUAUUUCAAUCUAACAAAAGAGAAAAAAAAUCAACGACCAAAACCAAUUAAAUUGAAAUAAUUCUCAAGCGUUUAAUAAAAUUUAAAUUUCAAAUAAAUGAAUGAAAAAAAAAAUGUUUACGUUUUAAAUGCAAAAAAAAUGUGGGUGUUUAAAGAUUUUAGUCGACUUUAGAAAAGCAGUAAUUAAAAAAAAGGAUUUUUUUGGUGUAAAAUAAUAUAUUAAUUUAUGUCACUGUUCUGCUAAUUAAUGGAAUUACUGGUAUUGGAUUUAAAUUACAAAAGAGAAAAUUUCAUUUAGAGGAUCUUCCUACGAUCUUUGUGAAAGUUUGUUAUGGUAAAUACUUCUUUGACUUCAAUUAAUUCAACUUAAAUUUUCUAAAAAUUAUGGCUCUCGACGGUAAAACGAUUAUAAAAGAAGAAAUAACAGACAAAGACGCCUAUGAGGCUUCAGCAUCAGCUACACGUAGAACUAAAGCCACUUCAAAUUCUUCCAGCAGCAGUAAAGAUUCCAAUACAACCACGUCGAACGGCAACAAUUCCAAUCCUUGUACCAAUCCCACCGGUACAAUCAAUAACUCGCGUUCCUGCCGCACACCCGACUCACCCGAAUCUGCCAGAGCUGUAGCGCCACGCUCACCCAUGUCUCCGCAAUUGCAUCAACAUCACUCCAGUUUGGCACCGCCGCCCAGACCAAAUCGUAAUGCUAGUGCUUCACCGGUUAUAAAUGGUGCAACUACCACACCGCCGCCCCAACCGUCGGUACAGAGUGCACAGGCAGCUGUAGCAGCGGCUGCAGCAGCAGCUGCCCAUGUCGAACAGGCUCGUUUGUUGGGUAAAAUACGUAAAUUUUUAGGAUCUCUAGUGCAAUUGGCUCAAGAUGUUCAUCCCGAUGUUAGUGAUCGUGUUCGAGCUUUAGUUCUUUCUUUGGGUAGUGGUGGCAUAAGUAUCGAUGAGUUUCGUAUGGCUCUGCAGGAGGCCAUUAAUUUGCCAUUAAGGCCUUAUGUCAUUCCACUAUUAAAGAAUCACAUUUCUUUGCUGCAACGAGAAAUUGUGGCCUUGGCUCGUGCCACCAAUCAGACUACUCUGCAAUAUGUAACCACCAAUGAAAAUUCGGUAAUGGAAUUUUCUCCUCACGGCCCACCAGCUGAAUACAGUGACAUUUUUGUGCAAAUUGACAGUCAAUCUAAUGGCAAUACGGCCACAAGUCUGGUAUUUAAAAGACGUCCUUCGGACACUUUAAUGGAGCCACACGGUCACAAUGGUGCUCAAGAAUGGAAUGAUUAUAUGGCCGCUUAUCCACCAGCCAAACGUUUACAUGCCCAUAAUCCCCAUCCCUCCCAAAGUGAAUCACGCAUACCAUUUGCCUCCGCCCAACCAACCAUAUUCGAUUAUUCCACUUCUGGAGCAAAUGCAGCACAAAGCGAAGGUUCAUUUAGUAAUCUAAUGGAUAAGACCAAUCAUCGAGAUGAACGUGAUCUUAGAUCCUCCGUUAAUGCAGAUGCCGCCUCGCAUCGCCCUUUGGCUCGUUCGGUUAUGCCUACCGCUAGCAGUGGUCCGGGUGGUGGUGGACCUGGUGGCUCUUCGGGGGCCCAGGGUGAGGAGGAAUGGAAAAAUAUACACACUAUGUUGAAUUGUAUUUCCGCCAUGGUGGAUAAAACUAAACGAGCUAUAACGAUACUACAGCAGAGAGGCGUUGAACCGCAACAGCCCAAUUAUGGUGAAAUAACACCGGCAACUCUAAUGGAAAUACGAAGGCAAACCGAAGAAAAGGUGGCCGAGUUCAAACGUAAUGCAGAGGAUGCUGUUAAUCAAGUCAAACGACAAGCUGUCAUUGAAAUCCAAAGAGCCGUUGUGGCAGCCGAGACUCGUGCCGCCGAAGUUAUGGCCCAGGAACGUUUACGCAUGGAAAAGUUUUUCGUUGAAAUGAGUCGACAUUCCGGCAGCGAAAGAGAAAUCGAUAAUAAAUCACCCUCCAUUGCCGCCAGUCAAAAUGCCUGUUGGAAUUGUGGUCGUAAGGCAACGGAAACUUGUUCGGGUUGUAAUUUAGCACGAUAUUGUGGUGCUUUCUGUCAGCACAAGGACUGGGAACAUCAUCAUCAGAUUUGCGGCACCACACGAACAACUGAUCUAUCGACAAAGCACGCUUCCCAAGUUAUACCCCUAACGGCUAAUAUACGCGGCGCAUUAACACGUUCACCACCCACACCCUCACAACCGCCAGCCCAUUCACAGGCGGCACAAAAUCAAGCAACAUCAACAGCAUCUAACGCACCGCAGCCGAGUUCAUUGGUGGCCAAUGGCAUCGGUUCCAAAUGACGUAUUCGCAUGAUGAAACCCAAAAAGAAAUAUAUGUGCUAGUCAAAUUAAAUACACACAAACACACACCCACACACAAAAUACAACCACAACUAUUAUUAAUUAAAUUAAAACAAAAAAAAAACAAUUAUUAAAAAAUACUUAAA